AUGACCGAGGGGCGCUUCCGCGCGUGCUAUGAGCGCCUGCUCGCGGGUGAGCAUCCAUGGGACAGGGACGAGUCGCCGUCCAUGCGCGCGUCGGAGAAAUCCAACGCAGCACCGCGCGCGCACUUCCUGCACGAUCUCCUCGCGCUCGACGUCGAGCACGGGGCGGUGCUGGCGCUGUUCCGCGACCUCGAGCCGACCGACCUCCUCGACGAGCGCUUUGCGCGCCGGCGCGACAACAUCACCGGCCUGUGGAAGGAGGCGCUGCGGUGCUGGGACGAGGAGCCGCACGACGAGGCGCGCAGCUGCCAUGCCGUCGAGACCCUCCUGGCGCUCGCGCUCGCGCUGCUGCCCAAGCCCUAUACCAACUACACACUGGACGUGGUGACGUUGCUCGCGGGCCGCAUGGCCGAUGCAGACGACGUGUUCUACACGCUCGUGGCAGCCAUCGACCGCACGCUCCGUGACAGCGCGCCACCGUCCGCAUGGCACGCGCGCCGCUUCCGCGCCACACUCCGCCUUGCGCUCGUGUUCACUGCGUGCACAGGCACGUCUUCGCUCGCGACGUACCUGCUGCACCGCGACCUGUUUACCGCGGCGAUGAGCGUCGUACACAGCCAAACGGGCGCUGAUCUGCUCUGCGAGGCCUCGCUGCUGACCGCGCUCCUCGCGACCGCCGGCCACGCCCCAGCGAGCCUGGGCGUGGAUCCUGUGUCGUCUGCGACCAUCGGCGACGCAGGCUUCCAGCCGUACCAGCGUCGCGUGCGCGCCUGCGCCACCUCGCCAGACAUGGCGCGCAUGGCCCAGGCGUGGUCCGUGCAAGCGCGCCGCAUCAUCGAAGCGUACCAGGCCAGCGCCCACGCCGCGUCGGCGCCUGCGCGCCCCGCCUGGUCCUGGGCAUGGCUGGGCGCGGCGCCUGCACCGACCGCACCGCCCGCCUCAGGCCUGCCGCCGCCCAGCAUCGCGCUCCUCCUCGCCCUGUGGCUGUGGGUCCAGGUGAGCGAGACCAUGGCGCUGGCCCUCCUCGCCCCGCCGGCCGGCGAGCCGCUCGCCGUGACAUUCUUUUCCAUGGCCUCCUACCUACUGACGCACGCUGCAAGCAGCGCACGCGCCACGACGUAUGCACACACGGCCCUGCAAAUCAUGCUGGCGCUGCUAGGUCCCACCGACAACGAGCCAAGCCGCGUGCAGACACAGCUCCUCGCCGACGAGUCGCCGCUUCUCGCGCACGUGCAGCUGUGUCGGGACCGCGCUGACCCCCUGCCGCUCCCGCCCACGAGCGGCGCAGGGCGCCCACGGCGACUCAUCGUGCUCGUGCUCGACGAGACGGCCCUCUUUCUCAAGUACAACCGCCGCAAGCGCCUCGAUGCCGCCGCCUUUCGCACCGCACUGGCGUGCGUGCAGCGCACGCUGCUCCUGUGCGCCCAGCAGCGCGUGCACCUUGAAUACGACUGGCUCACGCUGUGGCGCGCGAUCCUUGGCACCGCAGAGUUCCUCGCCGCGCGCCAGGCAGACGUGCCAGACGAUCUGCCGCGGCUCGCGCACGCCCUCCUCGACACGCUCGCGCUCGCGCUGGUGCUCUCCGACCGCGUCCUGCCGACGCCCGCCGACACUCACUGGCUCAUCUACGAGCUCGCACGCACGCGUGCCCCGCUCGAGAGCCUAGGAAGGCUCGCCACUCCCUCGUCUUCGUCGGCGCUCAUCGACCAAGUGCUCCAGCGCCUCGACACGCACCUGGCCCAGGACCGCGAGCGCAGUACCUCCACAUUUUCACUCUUCCGCCGCUCGGCGUCCUCGGCGCCGGUCAGCAUGGCGACGGUGCUCAGCGCGAUCCAGGCACUCGACCUCGGCACGCUGCUAGCGCCGGACAAGCCGGGGUGUGCUGCAGUCGUGCGCGGGGCGCAGGCGAAAGCCGCUCGUGCGCCGCCCGGCCUACCGAGCCCCAGUGCAGCACUGCUGCGCGCUGUGCAGCAGGACGUGCUCGCUUCAUGUUAG